AUGUAUAUUUUGAUGUAUAUACUAGUAUAUGUUUCAGUUAUUUUGAUAAUUGGAGUGUGUAGUGAUGGAUUCGAUAACCACAGACACGUGAGACACCCAGCUUCAAACUCUCUUAGUCCAAGUGAUGUCAUAUUGGAACUUGGCCAACACAGCAUCCAGUCUGAGCAAUGGAAUUACCUAAGAUUGGCAAGAUAUUGGCCUCAGAGCUUUUGUUUGCAAGCAAGGAUGCAUGUUCCUACUAUAUCCUGCACUGUACCUGAUUUUGUACAUGAUUUCACCGUGCAUGGAUUAUGGCCUACAUUAAAUACUACAUUUGGUGGACUUUCUUUCUGCAAUAACUCAUGGCCAUUCAACACAUCAACUUUACAGAGCCUAGUGCCCCUGAUGACAAAACUGUGGCCCCCACUCUGGAAUAAUUACUCAUUGUGGGGUCAUGAAUGGUCCAAACAUGGUACAUGUGCACUAGAUCUCCCAGCCCUACAUGGAGAGUAUAGGUUUUUUGCUCACACUCUGGGGUUACAUUUAAGAUACAAUAUUACCAGAUACCUCAGCCAAUCCAACAUUCGUCCAUCAGAAACGCAGAUGUUUUCAUAUUCCUCUCUGGUUGGAGCCAUAUGGAACAGAAUCUAUUUCAUUCCAUGGGUGCAAUGUAUACCAAGUAAGAGUCCAAGAUACCAGUUAUUGUUCCAAGUUGUGCUGUGCUUUGAUAAGCAGUUACAACUAAUAGAUUGUGAGUCUGUGACAUACUUCAUAUGUGACCCUGAUCAACCUAUACAAAUUCCACCUAUAAAUCAUCCUGACUAG